UUUCCUUUGAGCCAAAGGAAUUCAAAGUUUGAAACUUCGAAGCCAAAUUGAGGUGAAACGACACCGCCGUGUUUUCUGGUUUUUUGGCGCUCUUCUUCUUCCACAGUGUUUCGCUUCUUGAAGUUGCAGUCUUGAGAAUAUGGGACUUUUCAGCACUCUCUUGGGGAUUUUUGGUUUUGGCAUUGGAAGUCUUCUUGGACUCUUGGUGGGUUUCUUCCUUUUCAUCUAUUCAGAGCCUGAGGAAGUGAAGGAUCCAGUCGUCAGGCCACUGCAUGAAUUAGAUUCAUGUACUUUGCAAGGUCUUCUACCUGAAAUUCCAAUGUGGGUAAAAUUCAGCGACUAUGAUCGAGUAGACUGGCUAAACAAGUUUCUCUUUGAUAUGUGGCCAUACCUUGACAAGGCAAUUUGUAGUACAAUAAGAAGCAUAGCACAACCUAUCUUCAAAGAGUACAUAGGGAAGUUUCACAUUGAGGCAAUUGAGUUUGACAAGUUAAGUCUUGGAACUAUGCCGCCCAUAAUAUAUGGUCUAAAAGUUUAUGAGACUAAUGAGAACGAAUUAGUUAUGGAACCGGCAUUUAGAUGGGCUGGUAAUCCCAACAUAGUUUUGGUGUUAAAGUUGUUGUCUCUGAGAAUUAUGAUUCAGUUAGUGGAUUUGCAAGUAUUUGCAGCGCCACGGGUAACUUUAAAGCCUCUCGUGCCGACUUUUCCAUGUUUUGCAAGCAUUGUGGUGUCUUUAUUGGAGAAGCCACAUGUAGAUUUUGGAAUCAAAAUAUUGGGAGGGGAUAUCAUGUCCAUACCAGGCCUCUAUCGGUUUGUUCAGGAGAACAUCAAAAAACAAGUCGCAAGCCUCUAUCUCUGGCCUCAAACACUUGAAAUACCUGUUCUUGAUGCUUCAGUAGUGGCCAAGAAGCCUGUAGGUAUACUUCAUGUCAAAGUUGUUCGAGCAAUGAAACUUUUGAAGAUGGACAUUUUGGGAAGUUCUGAUCCUUACGUCAAACUAAGCCUUACUGAAGAUAGGUUGCCAGCAAAGAAAACCACAGUCAAGAUGAAGAAGUUGAAUCCAGAAUGGAAUGAGAAGUUCAAGCUUCUUGUGAAGGAUCCUGAAACUCAAGCCCUCGAGUUACAACUUUAUGACUGGGACAAGGUUGGCAGACAUGACAAAUUGGGAAUGCAGUUGGUUCCUUUAAAAGUGCUAACACCCGGUUUGACAAAGGAACUUGUGCUGGAUUUGGUCAAGAACACAAAUAUCAAUGAUCCUCAAAACAAGAAGCGUAGGGGACAAAUUGUGGUGGAGCUUGCUUUCGUUCCUUUCAAAUCAGAAAGCAGUAAGCUUAAUGGUAAUGAAUAUGGGAGAAGUGAAAGUGGAAUUAGUAGGUCCUCAGACAGUUCCGAGUCCCUCGGUGGAGCAGGUUUACUAUCUGUUCUGAUCCAGGGAGCUGAGGAUGUAGAAGGGCAGCAUCACAACAAUCCUUUUGCUUUGCUUUGCUUCAGAGGUGAAGAAAAGAAAACUAAGAUGGUGAAAAAAAGUCGUGAUCCACUUUGGAAUGAAGAUUUCCAAUUUAUGCUUGAUGAGCCUCCUUUACAAGACAAGAUUUAUAUUGAGGUCAUGAGCAAAAGCAGAGCCAUUUUCCGAGCGAAGGAAUCGUUGGGGUACGUAGAAAUCAAUCUCGCCGAUGUUGUACACAAUGGACGCAUCAACCAAAAGUACCAUUUGAUUGACUCACACAACGGAAGGAUACACAUAGAGCUAAGUUGGACAAAGGCUUGAGACAUGAGAUACUGAAAAACUAUGAGUUGCAAGUAAUCUCAAGUCUCAACUGACCUUUCCAACUGUUACAACUUACAACAGAGGAUUAUAUGAGGAAAUGGGAGGAAAAGAAGAGAGAGAUUCUUGAAUUCAAUUGAUUGUUUUGAUAUUUCAAUCUUUAGAGUAGAGUCAUUCAUACAAAAUGGGCUUCAAAACAAUUAUGAAGCAUGCUUAAAGCUAAAGAAAUUGUUAGGCAGCAAAGUGCAAAA